AAAUAAUUUUGUAAGCCACAAUUCAAAUACAAAUACAACAAAAACGUUUAAUAGCCGGACUUCUUAUUUGUCGUGUCUAUUUUCGGUGCAUUUGUUUGCCAAUCAAUUGCCAAAUUUAACGCGUUUAUUGAACUUGUCACAACAAUUGCGUAUGUGUGUAUAGAGCGUGUCUGUUAUGCUAAUUGCCGAAUCUGGUGGAAUUAUUUGCUCAAUUAAUUAAACGCAGCAGCUGUGCAAAAGCAACUGAAGCAGUGGACUUAACUCUCUGUAACCGUUACACACUCAAAGCGCUGUCAAAGGUGUCAAGGUAAACUAGUGAAAUUCCAGAAAAGUGUACAAAAAGACCGCAACAACAAGAUCAACACGUGUGCACAAGAAUUCCACAAUUCCAACAGCGCAAUUGAAACAAGAUAUAAAUUCUUAAAGGCAGCAAUAUUCAAGAAAAAAUAAUAAUAAUUCGCGUUCUAAGUGGAAUAAGAUAAGAAUACAAGAAAUAAGUAGAGUAAAUCGGCAAAUAGUUUUGCAUAACAGUAACGAAACAUGGGCGUAACAUUGGAGGUGCGAAAUGACAAGAACGCCAAGGCGAAUGCAGCGGAUUUGGAGUCUAGUGGUGGCAAGCAGACUCACCGCACAAGUAACUUGGAGACUGCGACACAUCUUUUCAAAGGUAGCGUUGGUGCCGGUCUCUUCGCCAUGGGUGAUGCCUUCAAGAAUGGCGGGCUGGUCGGUGCUACUGUGCUGUUGCCCAUUCUGGCGGUUAUUUGUGUGCACUGUGAGCAUCUGCUGAUUGACGGUUCGAUCAUAGUCGUGGAGAAGACACCGGGUGUGGACUUCUUCGACUAUCCGGAUACAGUGGAGAAGGUCUUUGAAUAUGGGCCACCGCCUGUGCGGAAAUGGUCAAAAUUAAUGCGUACCAUUGUGGAGACCUUUCUGUGUGUAACACAAUUCGGCUUCUGUUCGAUAUAUUUCGUUUUCAUUACGGAGAAUCUGUAUCAGGUACUCCAUCAAAACGGCAUCGAAAUUAGUCAAACCGCCACAAUGGCUCUCACAUUGCUGCCGGCCAUGUUGCCUUCGUUACUGACCAAUUUGAAGUACAUCUCACCCGUUUCGAUGUUGGCCAACUUGUCGCUACUCUUCGGUCUUCUAGCCACACUGGUAAUCGCGCUUCAAGGUCCCAUGCCGGCCAUAAGCGAGCGUCACUACAUCACCAACGGUACACAGAUAGCAUUGUUCUUCGGCACAGCGCUUUUCGCCUUUGAAGGCAUUGCGCUCAUACUGCCAUUACGCAAUAAAAUGCGUAAUCCCGAACACUUUACGAGUACUUUUGGUGUUUUAAAUGUGACCGUGGGCAUUAUAACGGCACUUUUCAUAUUCACCGGUUUCAUUGGUUACAUGCGUUGGGGUGAGGAUGUUGAUGGCAGCAUAACGUUGAAUUUAAACGCGGAAGAAGUCAUGUCGCAGGUUGUCAAAAUCGUCGCUGCGAUGGGUGUUUUCUUCGGUUAUCCCAUACAAUUCUUUAUUCUGAUUAAGAUCAUUUGGAAACCGAUGAAGGAAUCGUGUGGUGUGGCCCAAAGCUACCCGAUUACGUUACAAGUUGUGUUGCGGUUCAUCAUGGUCAUGUGUACAUUUGGUGUUGCUGUGAUUGUGCCCAAACUCGGUCUCUUCAUUUCGCUAAUCGGUGCACUGUGCUCCACUUCACUGGCGCUCUUGAUACCGGUGAUACUCGAUUUUGUGUUGCGCGCUAGCGUACCCAAAGGCCUGACCACUUGGGUGUACCUGAAGAACAUGGCGAUUGUGCUGAUUGCCUUGUUAGGCAUUGCCACCGGCACUUAUCAGAGCAUUGUUGAGAUAAUUCAAGAAUUUUAUGAUUAAAUAUGUUGUGGCAGGCAAAUAGCAAUUAAUUUGAUAUCCAUGUAUGUAUGUGUUGAUGUGGUAUUUAUUUCCGUUAUGUUAAGCAUACAUGUAAUCAAGUGUUGUGUAGUGUUAGUACAUUUUUAAGUAUUUAUGGCCAUGAGAAAAGUAAUUAUCGAUAAA